CGCGUGAGCCACCUGGAGAUGUGCCGGCGGGAGCUGCAGGUGCUGGCGGCACGGAGGAGAGCCUUGCUGGAGCAAUCCCGCUCCCUCUGGACCUGCCUGUGGGAGCUGGACGAGGCGGAGAGCUGGAUAAAGGAGCAGGAGCAGCUCUACUCCUCCCUGGACUUCGGGAAGGACCUGCCGGGCGUGCUGCUGCUCCAGCGCCGGCACGCUGCCUUCGAGGCCGAGCUGCGGAGCCGGGGCGGGCGGCUGCAGCAGGCGCUGGCGGCGGGCGAGGGGCUGGCGGCCGCGGGCCGGGCAGCCGAGCGGCUGCGGGAGCGGGGGGCGGCCGUGCAGGCGCUGUGGACGCAGCUGGAGGAGCUGGCGGCGUUCCGGCGGCGCGGCUUGCGGGAAGCCGAGGGCUUCUUCCAGUUCCAGGUGGAGGUGGAGGAGCUGGCGGAGGGGCUGCAGGAUGCCCAGCGGCGGGCGGCCGCCGAGGAGCUGGGCCAGGAUGAAUCCCGCACCCUCGUCCUGCUGCGGCAGCACCAGGAGCUGCUGGACGAGCUGGCGGCCGCCCGGGAGCAGCUGGACCGACUGGCGCAGCAAGCCGAGGGCUUCCCGCCGGAGCUGCGCGCCGGCCCCGAGGCUCAGAGCCGGCUGGCGGCACUGCGGGAGCUGCACGCAAAGGCGGCCGCGCUGGCCGAGCGCCGCGGCCGCCAGCUGCAGGACGCCCUGGACCUCUACACCGUCUUCGGGGAGAGCGACGCCUGCCACCUCUGGAUGGGCUCCAAGGAGACCUGGCUGGCGCAGCUGGAGGUACCGCAGGCGCUGGAGGACCUGGACGUGGCGCAGCGCAGGCUGGACGGGCUGGAGCAGGAUAUGGCUGCCGUGGCUUCCCAGAUCGCCGCGGUCAACCAGGCAGCCGAUGGGCUCCUGGCCAGCGGGCACCCCCGGAGCCCGCAGGUGCGGCAGUGCCAGGAGCAGCUCAACAAGAGGUGGGACCGUUUCCGGGAGCUGGUGUCGGAGCGCCGGCGGGCGGUGGGCUCGGCGCUGCGACUCCUUAACUACAACCUGGAGUCCGAGGAGACCCAGCAGUGGCUGCGGAGCAAAGCCCGGGCGGUGGAGGCCACGGCUGAACUGGGCCGUGACCUGGCCGGCGUCCUGGCCACCCAGCGCAAGCUCUACGGCAUCGAGCGGGAGCUGGCGGUGGCCCAGGACCGCCUGGCUGCCCUGCGCUCCCAGGCCGAGCGCCUGGCCGAGGAGAGGCCCGAGGCGGCCCCGGAGGUGGCCCAGAGGCUGGCGACGGCGACGUCCGCCUGGGACGAGCUGCAGGCAGCCCUGGGAGAGCGGGCGGCAUCCCUGGGGGAAGCUGGGCAGCUCCGGAGCUUCCUGCAGGACCUGGAUGACUUCCAGGCGUGGCUCUUCGGCGCUCAGAAAGCCGUGGCGGCUGCCGACGAGGUGCCGGCGUCCUUGGCGGAGGCGGAGGAGAUGCUGCAGCGGCACGAGGCGGCCCGGCGUGACGCCGAGGAGCACGCGGGUGCCUUCGCUGCCCUGGUGGAGGCGGGAGAGCGGGUGCUGGGGGGGCAGACGGACCCCGAGUACGAGGGGCUGCGGCAGCGCCUGGGCGGCGUGGAGGCCGGCUGGGCUGCCCUGGGCAGGAUGGCGGAGGCUCGGCAGCGCUUCCUCACCCAGUGCCGCAACUUCCAGGAGUUCCUCCGCGACGCCAAGCAGGCGGAGAUCCUCCUCACCAACCAGGAGUACACGCUGUCCCACCUGGAGCUGCCCCCCACGCUGGAGGGCUCGGCCGCUGCCCUGCGCCGCUUCCAGGAUUUCCGUGCCGGUGUGGAGAGCAGUGCUGAGAAGGUCCCCGAGGCGGUGGCUGGUGGCACCAAGCUGGUGGCUGAAGGGAACAUCUUUGCCGAGAAGAUCUCCGAGAAGUGCCAGGCUCUCCAGGAGCGGCACGGAGCCGUCAUGGCCAGGGUGGAGGAGGCAUCUGGUUUGCUACAGGACAACCACGACCUGCAGACCUUCCUGCAGAGCUGCCGGGAGUUUGAUGCCUGGGUGGAGGAGAAGAUGCUGAUGGCUCAGGAUGUCUCCUACGGAGAAGCCCGUGGUCUCCACAGCAAGUGGCAGAAGCACCAGGCAUUCAUGGCUGAGCUGGCACCCAACCAGAGCUGGCUGGAGAAGAUCGAGGCGGAGGGGACGGAGCUGGCGAGCCGCAAGCCGCAGUACAGCGAGGUGGUGCUGCGGCGGCUGGAGGAGCUGCGCCGGCGCUGGGACGGGCUGCGCGGCGCCGCCGAGGAGAAGGGUCGGCAGCUGUUCGAGGCCGAGCGCUCGGCGCUGUAUGCCCAGAGCUACGCGGAGCUGGAGAGGUGGCUGGGGCGGGCGCAGGAGGAGCUGCGCGCCGCCAAGAAGGUCCAGGACCUCACCGCCACCAACCUGCUGCUGAAGAGGUUGACGAGACUGGAAGAGCAAGUGGGAACGUGGAUGAAGGAGCUGGAGGAACUGGGGUGGCAGGGCACCCCUGGUGCCGGGGCCGUGCCGGAUGCCACCGGGCAGGAGCAGAUGCUCCGGCAGCGAGUUCUUGAGCUGCUGGAGCCACUGAAGAGGAAGAGGAAGGAGCUGGAGACUGCCAAGGCCAUGUACCAGCUGGGGCGGGAUCUGGAGGAUGAGACGCUGUGGGUGCAGGAGCGGCUGUCCCUGGCGAGGUCGACAGAUCAUGGCACUGACCUCCCGACCGUGCAGCGCCUGGCCAAGAGGAACCAGACGCUACAGAAGGAGCUGGCGGGCCAUGCCCCCCGCCUGGCUGAGGUGCUGAGCCGGGGAGAGGCGGCGGGGAGCAGUGAGGAGCCGGGCCCGGAGCUGGCGGCACGAGCACAGGAGCUGCAGGCGCUGUGGGAGACCCUGCAGGAGGAGGCAGCCGCCCGGCACCGGCGCCUGCAGGAGGCUGAAGAGGCCCAGCAGUACUACCUGGAUGCCAGCGAGGCCGAGGCCUGGGUCAGCGAGCAGGAGCUCUUCAUGGGACCCGAGGAGAAGCCAAAGGAUGAGGAGAGUGGCUUGGUGAUGCUGAAGAGACAUGUCCGGCAGCUGCGCUCCAUCGAGGACUACGGACACACCAUCAAGGAGCUGGCAGGGAGGGCACAGCAGCUGCUCUCCGCCGGCCACCCUGAGGGGGAGCAGAUCAUCCGGCUGCAGGGCCAGGUGGACAAGCACUACGCGGGGCUGAAGGAGGUGGCUGAGGAGCGCCGCCGGCGCCUGGAGAACAUGUCCCACCUCUUCCAGCUGAAGCGGGAGGUGGAAGACCUGGAGCAGUGGAUCGCCGAGCGCGACGUGGUCGCCUCCUCCCAGGAGAUGGGGCAGGACCUGGACCACGUCACGCUCCUGAGGGAGAAGUUUCGGGAGUUUGCGCGGGAGACGGGCAGCGUGGGGCAGGAGCGCGUGGACCGGGUGAACCUGACCAUCGAGGACCUCAUCGACGCAGGGCACACCGAGGCGGCCACCAUGGCCGAGUGGAAGGACGGGCUGAACGAGAGCUGGGCCGACCUGCUGGAGCUGAUCGACACCCGCAUGCAGCUCCUUGCCGCCUCCCACGACCUCCACAAGUACUUCUAUGACGGCACUGAGCUGCUGGCCCUCAUUGCCACCCGGCGCCAGGAGCUGCCCCAGGACCUGGGCGAGGACGCUGGCACGGUGGAGGCUUUUCACCGCAUGCACAGCGCCUUCGAGAGGGAUCUCCAGCUGCUGGAGGCACAGGUGCAGCAGUUUCGGGAGACGGCGGCGCGCCUGCAGACGGCCUAUGCCGGGGAGAAGGCGGCCGGAAUCCAGGAGCAGGAGCAGGAGGUGUCCCGAGCGCUGCAGGAGCUGCUGGAGGCGUGCAGCGGGCGCCGGGCACGGCUGGUGGACACGGCCGACAAGCACCGCUUCUUCAGCAUGGCACGGGAUCUGCUCUCCUGGAUGGAGAGCACCGUCCGGCAGAUCGAGACACAGGAGAAACCCAGGGAUGUCUCCUCGGUGGAGCUGCUGAUGAAGUACCACCAGGGAAUUAGGGCCGAGGUGGAUGCUCGGAGCAAGAACUUCACCACCUGCAUCGAGCUGGGCAAGAAGCUGCUGCAGCGCAAGCACCAGGACUCACCAGAGAUCAAGGCGAAGCUGGUGGAGCUGGUGGACAAGAGGAAAGCCAUGAUGGAGACGUGGGAGCAGCGCUGGGAGCGGCUGCGGCUGCUGUUGGAGGUUUGCCAGUUCUCCCGCGAUGCCUCGGUGGCCGAGUCGUGGCUCAUGGCGCAGGAGCCCUACCUGGCCAGCAGCGACUACGGGCAGACGGUGGAUGCGGUGGAGAAGCUGCUGAAGCGACACGAGGCUUUUGAGAAGUCCUCGGCCACCUGGGAGGAGAGAAUCGCCGCCCUCAGGAAGCUGACUACGCUGGAGCUCCUGGGCGGGCGGUCGCUGCGUGAGGGGCUGGUGCGGGACGGGACAACGCACUCCAAGGCUCCUGACUACCACUUGGAUCUGGAUGGGGAGCUGGAUGCCGGGUCUGAGGAGGAAGAGGAUGAGGAGGAGAAGAGGAAGGAUGUGAGCACACAGGACACUUCGAUACCCACCACCGAUGGACCAGAGCCGCUGGCGCCGAGGACGGGCGACGAGGAGCCGGUGUCACCAACCCCGCGGCCACCACGGGAGGAGCCGGAGGAGCCGGCCACGCUGCCGGCCCGCGUCAGCAGCGUCCAGCUGGAGGGCUACCUCGGCCGCAAGCACGACCUGGAGGCGGCCACCAAGCGCGCGUCCAACCGGUCGUGGAGCACGCGGUACUGUGUCCUGCGGGGCGGCCAGCUCGCCUUCUUCAAGGACGCCAAGAGCCGCGCGCUGGGGCUGCCGUGCCAGGGCGAGGAGCCCCUGGGGCUGCGCGACGCCCGCUGCGAGGUCCCCGCUGGCUACAAGAAGAAGAAACAUGUCUUCAAGCUCAGGCUCAGCAACGGCAGCGAGUGGCUGUUCCACGGCAAGGAUGAGGAGGAGCUGCAGGCCUGGCUGCAGGGGCUGAGCGCGGCCAUCACCGAGUGUCGGGGCAGCUGGGGGAAGACGCAGAGCCUCCCCCUGUCCCUGCCCCCGGCGCCUCCCGAACCCCCCCUGCCCCGCAAGGACAAGGAGAAACGCUUCAGCUUCUUCCCAAAAAAGAAAUAACCCCCCCGGAUGGCGGGCGGGGGGGGGGACACACCCCACGUCACGCCAGCGGGGCCACGCGUGUGUAAGGACACGCGUGUGCAGUACCUGUACAGGUGCCACCGGGUCUAGAGGGCACGUGUGGGGGGGUCACACACGUGGGCGGGAGCCCCCCCCCGCGAGCACACGUGUCCGUGUGCACAGGUGUAUAUAUAUAUAUAUAUAUAUAUAUAUUUGUAUUUAUAUAUAUACAUACAUUUACACGUUUCAGGCACACGCCUGUGCGGAGGCGAGCGCAGGUGCCCCCCCCCAGGCGCGUGCCCCUCGUGCCCACGCGUGUCCCUGCACGCACACGUCUGCACACGUGUGUCCCCGCAUGCAGGUGCACCCCCGGCCCCCCCCACCUCCGCACGCACGGCACGGGUGUGCAUGGACCCCCACCCAGCACCCACACGGGGGAGUGCGCGAGUGCCCCCCAAAGCCAUAAACCCCCCCCCCGCAGCACGUGGGUGCAGAGGGGGGACCCCCCCCGGCCCCUGCGGGCACCAACCAAAGAGCGUCGGCCCAUGGGGGCCCCUCUCCAGCACCCCCCGCCCCGUGCCCCCCCCAGCCGGGGUGGGGGGACCCCCCCUGCACCCCGCGGCCGGGCCAAGACACCUCGGGGGGGGCGGGUGACCAGAGAGGAACUUUGGGUUCAGUUUGGGUUUUUUUUCUAAUAAAGAUAUGAAAGCGA